CAGAAAUUUAAUUCAAAUCAACGUGCAUAAAAACGUGGCAAAUCCACCUCCACCAUUCUAUAAAACCAACGGUUUCAAAUCCGCCACUUCCACCAUCAUCUCCACCGUCCACCACCACAAAACACUCCUCCAAAAAUCAAAAAUAUGUCCACUCUCUCCAAUCCUCUAAUUUUCACCGUAAAAAACCCCAAAAUCGCACUUAAACCCCACAAUUAUCUUCUUUCUUCAAUUCCCACCCCUAAGUUUCGAAAAUAUCCCAAUUUCUCAGUUCGAUCAUCCAAUGACCCGGAAAAACCGACCUUUAUUACACCGGACAGUUAUAACAAAGCUGACAAUAAAAAGGCUGAGUCCGUUGAUGAAUGGGGAGAGAAGUCGGAGCCUGAGCCCGACCCGGUUACGAAGUUAUCGGAUUCGGAUCCUCCCAUGUAUGAGGAUGAGUGGGGUAACGGCAGUGCAGGUAGGGUUGAUGUGAGUGUUGGAGAAGAUGAGAAGCUUCUAGAACUUAAAAGGUGUUUGGUGGAUACGGUUUAUGGGUCGGAUUUCGGGUUUCGGGCUUCAUCGGAGGUUCGGGCCGAGGCUUUGGAGUUUGUUUCUCAGUUGGAAGCAGCUAAUCCUACUCCAGCACCAAAUGAGUGUCCUGAGUUGCUUGAUGGCAACUGGAUUUUAGUGUUCACUGCAUUUUCUGAGUUGUUACCUCUUCUUGCUGUGGGCAACAUACCUCUGUUGAAGGUAGAAAAGAUUAGCCAAGACAUAAAUUCGAGCAGCUUGACUAUAGAGAAUUCGACUACAUUAUCAAGCCCUGUAGCCACCUUGUCUUUUAGUGCUACUGCCACUUUUGAAGUUCGAAGCCCCUCUAGAAUACAGGUUGAAUUUAAGGAAGGGAACUUUAAACCUCCAGAGAUAAAAUCAAACAUAGAUCUGCCGGAAACUGUGGAUGUGUUUGGGCAAAAGAUUAGUCUCUCUCCAGUACAACAAUCUCUAGGUCCUCUGGAAAAUGCUUUUGCAGGCAUAGCACGAACUCUUUCUGGUCAGCCUUCUCUCAAGAUCCCAAUUCCAGGCGAAAGGACAAAAUCUUUCCUUCUCACGACAUACCUUGAUAAGGAUAUGCGGAUCUCCAGAGGAGAUGGUGGGCUUUUUGUACUAGUUAAGGAAGGGAGUUCUCUUCUAUAUUAGUAGAGAAUUUGGAUCGAGCAGUUAUGAGAGCCUACAUUGCUCUGCUUUCUGUUGAUGUCAAAUUUGUGUCCGAUUGCAGAAUGGUAAUCUCACUUUUGUUAAAGGUGGAUACUCUUUUGGGGAGGGAACAUGUUGGAAUGCUUGAGUAUUGGUACUGAAUUAUCUCAGGAUCAAGCUGAGAAAUUACUUUAAACAGGUUAAGCCCGAAUCACCAUUAUCCAGUGUUAGAUAAUGUAAAAUUUGUUAUAGUUGAAGGGCUGCUGAAAUAAAAUGUAAUAGCUUUGGAUUUCCAAAUUUCGAGUAUUUCAUCAUUUGGAGGUCAAUCAGUAAUUUCAGCUUAUCUGGAAAGAAGAAAACUUACAAUUACAUUUCAUAUACAUGAUAAUUGGUAACUACUCACGAAGGAUGCCCUUCUCACUUGUUUUAGAGAAGACUGCAAAAAAUAGUUGCCUUUCAUAAUACAUGUCUCUCAUCUUUCACUUGGAUUUAA